UAACAAGAACUGAGGGCACCCCAUAAGCAACUAGUUGAGAAGUAACUAUCAAUGUUAGUAUGUUUUUAUUAAAAGGAUAGCAAAACAUUCCACUACGAGUAAAGAUCCUUAACCGCAAGCCAAAAUCAAAAUCCGUGAAAAAGCAAAUCCUGGUCCCUCGCCACCAUCUCCUUUUCUAUAGCUUCACGGUAAAGAACAGUAGCUCACCAGCUGUUGUUGGCUGCUGCAUUCACAAGGGAUAUUCUUCAAUCCAAUCAAAAAGACCAUCUAAUAAUCUUAAUACUCACAACUAUCAACAGGGCCAGAAAAAUUCUCGCUCGGUUUUUUUAUUUUUAUUUUUUAGGAAAGGGUCUCUACUCAUCGAGGGAAAGGGCAAGAAAGUUUCUUUCUUUAAGGGAGAUAUGAAGGAGAUGUUUGGGGGUCCAGGGAAAGUGAGUGGCUUGGGAUUGAGAGUAGGACAGUUUGUAUUUGCAGCUGCUUCAAUCGUGGUCAUGGUCUCUGCUCGUGGCUUCUUUAACGCUACUGCUUUCUGCUAUUUGAUUGCAUCAAUGGGGCUUCAACUCCUUUGGAGUUUUGGACUUGCGUGCCUUGAUCUGCACGCUUUGAGAUCUAAGAAAAACUUGCAGAAUCCUGUCUUAGUGAGCUUAUUUGUUGUUGGUGAUUGGGUGACAUCUAUUCUAUCACUUGCUGCUGCAUGUGCAGCAGCUGGAGUCACCGUGCUGUUUGCAAAAGACUUGCACUACUGCAGAGCACCAUACUAUUUCCCAUGCAGCAGGUUCCAAAUCUCCAUUGCUUUGGCAUUUGUCUCGUGGUUUCUCCUUGCCAUAUCUUCUCAUGUUAUGUUUUGGCUGUUGGCCGCCGUAUGAAUUAAGCAAUAACAGCCACACAGUGUCCUUUAUCUUUACUUGCCCUGUAAAUAUUGUUACCAGUGAAGGGAGCAUCUCCAUUUUUCUUGGAAAUGUCAAAGGUAUCCCAUUUCAGCAGCAUGCCUCUUUGUCCUGCUCAUAGGUUCAUUGCUAUCUUAUGUUGUAACAUCUCGGUUUUUGAAGUUAGAAGUUUGAGAAAGACAGAACUCUAAAGGGAAAUAUCAUGUCAUUUCACACCAUUCUCUUACCUUGUAUGGAUGAAAGUAAAAUAGCUGGAUGUUGUUGCUUCUAGUCAACGAGAAAAAAAGAUUCUCGUCCC